AAACAUCAUAUAUCUCAAUCUCUACAUUUUUUUUGGGGGGGGGGUAAAUACUGUUUUUUCUUUAUAAACGUAUCAAGUUAAUACAAUAAUAGCCUUUGCUAAAACAUGUAUUUCCUUAACAUGAUGUCGGAAACUUAAAUGUCUGGCAUUAUUUGGUGGCUGCAAUACUCAAUGAUUGACCAGAAAAACCACAGAUUUUGAGUAACAGACUAAAAAAUAUCUGGACAGUAUGUAAAAUUUUGGACAGUGUAGAAGUAAGCCACACACGUAUUCUGUUUUUUUUUUUUGUAAAAUAACGCAUGGAGAAACUGUAAACAUAAUGUCUAAAUAAUUCCUCUGGUUUUAUGACGGGUGUAACGGUAGGCAUUUAGAGUCCUUUAGCUUCAGUAACGGCUGGUGAGUGCAGCAAACAAUUUCUUUUGAAAUGACAAAACGACAAAGACAAGAAAAAUAAUGCCUUACUUGCAAAGCAUUCUGCUUCCACAUGUGCUGAAAUACUUUUCUCCUUCAAACUUUAACACUAGCAGGUCUAAUUUAUCAAAAUGUAACCGGUUCAGCGUUCUAGUUUCAAAUAAAUAAGUGAGCUGGCCACAUUACACGCGUCUCGUCUUCACUAAUGCCAUGCUGUUUAAUUUAUUUGUAUUGCAGACAAGCCUGACUAUCUUCAAAGGCUAUUUCAAGUUCUUGGAGCUCCGCCCCUGUACCGUGUGACAACAACAACUCGUCCAGAGAACAGGCAGCCUUUUCCAGCUCAUUUUCUCUCUGUCAUUCUCUCACAAUCUUUGAUCAAUGUACUGCCACAGAAAUUUCAAGUCCUUCAAACCUCCUCCUUUUCACCUUCAUCUUUAACUCUUGUCGUUGAGAGGGCUCACGACUCCGAGUGGACUGUGUACCUCGAUUAUAGGAGGCUUAACUGCACAUCGAUUUCGUAAUAACUUCUAUGUUGACCAUGGCCGUGCCGGCUGCUUUGAUUUCCCCGACACAACUUGUACCCCAGCCUCCAAUUUCAACUUCUUCCACAACCUCUUCCUCUUCAGCCACAUCUUCACCUUCCCCUUCUAUAGCCCCGGCCGGGCAGACUAUUUUCAGAUCGGAGGCGAUCACGACCAGCAGUAACAGUCCUACUAUUACAGCAACUAAUAACCUUCCGAACAAGCCCGUGUACUCGACCCCUUCUCCAGUAGAGAACAUCCCCCAGAAUAAUGAGUGUAAAAUGGUGGAUCUCAGGGGGGCCAAGGUGGCUUCUUUCACAGUGGAAGGUUGCGAACUCAUAUGCCUGCCUCAAGCUUUCGAUUUAUUUCUGAAGCAUCUGGUCGGGGGGUUGCACACAGUCUAUACAAAGCUGAAGAGGCUUGAGAUCACGCCGGUGGUGUGCAAUGUAGAGCAGGUUCGGAUCCUGAGGGGCCUCGGGGCCAUCCAACCGGGAGUGAACCGCUGCAAACUCAUCUCCAGGAAGGAUUUCGAGACCCUUUACAACGACUGCACCAACGCCAGCUCCAGACCUGGAAGGCCUCCCAAAAGAACUCAGAGUGUCACAUCACCAGACAAUUCCCACAUCAUGCCACACACUGUCCCUGGUCUGAUGUCCCCUGGAAUGAUUCCUUCAACAGGUCUCACUGCAGCUGCAGCGGCUGCAGCAGCUGCCACAAAUGCGGCCAUCGCUGAAGCCAUGAAGGUGAAGAAAAUCAAACUAGAAGCUAUAUACCAUGGGAGUAACAACCAGCACGGACCAGACUCUGAGAAUGGAGACCUCAAUUCAAGUGUCGGUAGCAGUGAUGGAUCUUGGGAUAAAGAAAAACUUCAGUCUCCCUCUAACCAUGGAUCACAGACCACUACUCAUGCUAAUCUGACUGGACAACAUAACCUGCCAGUGAAUCAUCCCCUUAACCAUCUCCAGCAAAACCAUCUUCUACCUAAUGGAUUGGAACUUCCUUUCAUGAUGAUGCCACACCCUCUGAUUCCUGUCAGCCUACCUCCCGCAUCUGUUACUAUGGCAAUGAGCCAGAUGAAUCAUCUUACUACAAUUGCUAAUAUGGCAGCAGCAGCACAAGUGCAGAGUCCACUUCCCAGAGUCGAGACUUCGGUUAUAAAGGAACGUGUACCAGACAGCCCAUCCCCAGCGCCAUCACUUGAAGAUAACAGAAGACCUGGAAGCCGUCCAUCAUCUCAUCGAAGCAGUAGCGUAUCCAGUUCUCCCGCACGAACAGAGAGCUCUUCAGAUCGAGUCCCAACAGUUCAUCAGAAUGGACUGUCUAUCAAUCAGACGUUAUUAGGUUUGUCGCCAAAUGUUCUGCCUGGCCCUAAAGAAGGAGAUAUAGCUGGUCAUGAUAUGGGACAUGAAGCAAAGAGAAUGCACGUUGACAAAGAAGAGACCUCCCUCUCAACACCAACCGCAAGAGACAGCCUUGACAAGCUUUCCUUGGUUGGGCAGCUACCUCAUGGUUUUCCGUCUCCGUUUCUUUUCCCAGAUGGAUUGUCAUCCAUAGAGACGUUACUCACAAAUAUCCAGGGUUUGCUGAAAGUUGCCAUAGAUAAUGCCAGAGCCCAAGAGAAGCAAGUCCAGAUGGAGAAGACAGAACUGAAGAUGGAGUUGUUCAGAGAAAGAGAACUAAGAGAGACACUAGAAAAACAGCUGGCAGUGGAACAAAAAAACAGAGCAAUAGUUCAGAAGAGGUUAAAGAAGGAGAAGAAAGCAAAGAGGAAACUGCAGGAAGCACUUGAAUUUGAGACGAAGAGAAGAGAACAGGCAGAACAAACACUAAAACAAGCAGCUUCUACAGAAGGCCUCAGAGUGCUGAAUGAUUCCCUGACCCCUGAAAAGGAAUCAGACCGCAGUGGUGCCAGAACAGAUGCUGAGAGGACAAUACAAGCUUGUUUUCAGAAGGAAGAUUCAUCCGCCAGGGGACCAUGGUGCGGGCAAAUGUUAGCCAUGCAGCAGACACAGCUUCUCUCCCGCAAAACCACUGGACCAGUGGGAUGGGAGGCUGUAUUUGAAAACUUCAGUCAUGUACUGAAGCUUGAAGAGGUUCAGUGACUUAAUAACAGACUUAAUGAAAACAUUUGUCUCCAAAGUGAGAAUGAAGCAUACCGCUGUCAGUGAAGUACAACCUUGCUACUUUUAUACAUCAGCAUUAUUUGUAUGUGAAAAACGAAGAUUACUGAAGGAGUGUUCAGUAACAGUUGUUAACCUUCACUCAGUGCAGAGACUUUAAGACUAUUUUAACACU